GGGAAUGUCUGGGUGACCCAUGAAGAGAUGGAAACUCUAGCAACAUCUACCAAAACAGACAGUGAGGAGGGCAGCUGGGCCCAGACCCUGGCCUAUGGAGACAUGAACCACGAAUGGAUUGGAAAUGAGUGGCUGCCCAGCCUGGGGCUCCCUCAGUACCGCAGUUACUUCAUGGAGUGCCUAGUGGAUGCGCGCAUGCUGGACCACCUCACCAAGAAGGACCUGCGGGUCCACCUCAAGAUGGUGGACAGUUUUCAUCGAACCAGUCUUCAGUAUGGCAUCAUGUGUCUGAAGAGGCUGAAUUAUGACCGGAAGGAGCUGGAGAAGAGGCGGGAGGAGAGCCAGCAUGAGAUCAAGGAUGUGCUGGUCUGGACCAAUGACCAGGUGGUUCACUGGGUCCAGUCUAUUGGGUUAAGGGACUAUGCAGGAAACCUACAUGAGAGUGGUGUGCAUGGUGCUCUGCUGGCCCUGGAUGAGAACUUCGAUCACAACACCCUGGCCUUGGUUCUGCAAAUUCCCACACAGAACACCCAGGCCCGUCAAGUGAUGGAGAGAGAGUUCAAUAACCUGUUGGCCUUGGGCACAGACAGGAAGUUGGAUGACGGGGAAGAGAAGGUGUUCCGUCGAGCACCCUCCUGGAGGAAACGCUUCCGGCCCCGGGAUCAUCACAGUGGUGGCAUGCUGGGCACCUCGGCAGAGACCCUCCCGGUGGGCUUCCGAGUGUCCACGCUGGGCCCGCUGCAGCCCCCACCCGCCCCGCCCAAGAAGAUCAUGCCGGAAGCUCACUCCCACUAUCUCUACGGACACAUGCUCUCCGCCUUCCGGGACUAGCCGCGGCCCCCAGGGUGGGUGUCCUGGUUUCGCAGGCUCAGCCGGCCCUGACCCCUCCUGCUUGUUCCCUUUCUCCCUUGGCCCCCAGUCUCUCCUCUGUGACUUUCCAGUUGCCCGGGAUCUCAGAAUAUGCCCAUCCACUCCUUUGGCACCCCACUAUCCGAGUCCUACUUCGUGGCCCUUUUGUAAGUCUCUGGUGGAUGUGGCCACGGUCUCCUGUGUGUGGCGGCACCCAGGUUGUUGGUGCUUGGGAUUCUGUGGGAGGGACAGAAGGGCAGCACUGAGUGAGUGUGUUACCACCUUCCUGGACUAUGGGUUCAUCAGGCUCACGAUCCCAGGCCAAGGACUGAGAUGGCCCUUCCAAUAAAAGGCCACUUCGGACUCCGUCCUGCUUGGACUAAUUGGCCUUUGGUCCCCUCCACUCUGGCUGUGCCGCACGGUCUGAGUGGUUUUGGUAUCCCCUUUCACAGUAUCGCCCCCUCUUCCCCAAACUCCGUCACCAGUAUCUGUAGCUCCUGCCUCCAAGUCUUGCUUGGGGGCGAUGAGGGGGUGUAGAAUACCCCAGCUCCUCCAGGGCAAGCCAGGAGGGGAACUGAGGAAGACUAAGGUAGAAACUCUGAGCCCAAGCUGAUGAAGCACCCCAAAUAUGUGGGAGAAACGGACCCCCGAGCUUUGGGCCAAGGGUAAGAGCAAGGCAAAGUCUUCAGCUCCUUGCUGGAUAGGAGGUACAGUCAGGUAAACGAGGAGAGCAGGAGAGCGGAUGAUGGCCUUACUACCUAAGCGCAAAGGACACUGGGAACGCUCCAGCCCCAGCCACAAGCAGAGCUGCUACAGGACUGAAUGGAUCAGCUUGUGAACUGUUGACUCUGCCCUGAAAGGGAGGAGGGGGAGGUUUCCCUUUAGUGAAUCAUGUCCCAGGUCCAUCCUUAUCUAACGGGGCUUGAGGCAGUCUCCCUUUUGUGUUCUUAUGCCGCCCAGUCCUCCUUUAGGAUUCAUUUGGGGUCAGCUAUCUAGUCAAGAAAUUCUUGAUCUCCUCUCUCUCCAUGAUUUUGGAUGCUUUUCUGGCAGCAUGGUGGGGCAGGACAGAUUUAUGAGGAAUGUCAAUCACCUCCUCUUUCAGAUCCAUUCAGUAGCCUUAGGAAAGCUCAGGACCUUGUAUCAGGGUGGGUCCAUAGAACCUGGUACUUAAUGGAAGAGGAAAGGAAGUGCCUGGAUGAUGUUUGUUGGAGAAGGCAGUACAGUGCCAUCCCGUAGGUGAGUGGAGUAGCUGGCUUGCCAUCUCAUCCACUGGGAUCCUGAACAGGGGCUAGGCUAGCAGGUGGAGAAACGAGCCAGAACUCCCUGUCUGGAAAGGGCCUAGAGCUUUAUGCUGCUGUCCAGCAGAGGAUUGGCUAAUGGGGUGACUGAAUGGGCUCACCCGGGCUGGGGCAGGUGACUACCUGUUUCUACUUGCCUACCAGUUGGGCUGUUGGGAAUGGAGAUGGGAAACAGUUAAGUAGAACAUGAAUUGGGUAGAGAGAAAGAAACCCCGACCCUGAGUGCUGGAGUUACAGGGAAGUACCAGCAUCAUAAAUUGGAAGGAGUUGAGCAGGAAAACACCACCUGACUCCUUCUAAGGACUUUCUGUGGACUAGCUAUGUGAGAGAGUCAGCCCUGCCCCUCCUCUACCAUGUGACCUUAUCAUGAUUUUCCUUGUUAGAGGUUGGAACUGGGGAGCCUGGUGCAUUCAGGGCCAGCAGGGAGGACGGAACAGGGGAUCCGAAUGCAGUGAUGGAAGGCUGCUGUCAUGGUGUACCCCUUGCCUCAUAGUCAAUAUAUAUAUGUAUUUUUUUUUUUUUCUGGAGAGUCACCAGUGACCCAAGGUCUCCUUGCCAGCCUCCCGUGUCUCACCAGGUCCCUUCUCAGUACUGUAUUGGCUCAGUGCUUCAGGAGUGUGUGUGGGAGUGUGUGUGGGUGUGUGUGCGUGUGAGUGGGUGUGUACGUACCAAUAAACAACCUGGUUUUAAGACAA